CUAAAGCCAUAGAUCUAUGCUUUUUGGUUAUCUUCUUCCAGGUGCUCACAAACACAAGUGCCGUUCUGCUGUAAUAACCCGACUAUGCUGCUCACAACCAUAAUGUAAAAACGUGCUUACAGGCGCACAGAGCUGAUGAAUCGAUGCAAUGACGAUUACCAAGUUGAUUCAAUGAGCGCUAUACGUCCACACACGAUUCAACGGUCUCACAUAAUGGCUGUGAGCAUUUUAGCAAAAUUGCUGCUAUAAGGUAUCUAUUAUCAGAUUCCUUGAACUCUUAGUAACUUCUGCAUUUUUUUUUUAUCUUUAGGAGCUUUGAGGUACUGUCUAUAAACCAUCAUCCUAGGAUGAAAGGAAUCUUAGCUUCAAACAAACAUAUCAUAUCAAAACAAAAACCCCAACCCAAUCUUUGUCUGUUUCCUCAACAUGCCAACCUUGCAAAUUUUCCAUCAUUGCCCACUCAUCACAUGCUUGAUCCCACCUUUGAAAAAAAGGUCUCCAAUCAACCCCCCAUUUUUUCCCUUCUAUUCUUUAACAAAAGCCACCCUACCAAAAGGCUCCUCUCCACUGUCCCCCAACUCUGCCUUUGCUCCUUUUAAAGUGAGAGUUGCUUUCCAUCAUUAGACCCCAAAAAAAAAACCCACAAAAAAAUGGCUUCUUCUUCUUCAUCUUCUUCCUUUUCGCUCCUCUCGAUACUCAUGAUUUCAGCAACCAUCCUCUUCUUCCCUUCUCUCACUACUUCUCAACCUUCCACCAUCAUCCCAGCUUCUCCAGCACUCCCAGAAAACUCCUCUCCCCUCUCCCCUUACGAAGAGCUCUCCCCUGACAUUGCUCCAUUGCUGCCCACCCCCGGCGGCGAAUUGCCGUCGCCGUCGGUGGCUUCCAUCCCCACCAUUCCUUCCAACCCAAGCACUCCUAACCCGGACGAGUUCGCCGCCGCACAAGGCCCCGCCGCCGCCGCUUACGGCCCUUCUUUCUCACCACUCGGCUCUCUCCCAGUUUCCUCUGCAUUUUCUAACAACUCUCCUUACUUAGCACUCUCUGUACUCUGCUCUGCAAUUUUCUCCACACAGCUGCUAAAAACGUGGAGCUCUUGUUUCUUGAGCAUCCCCGCUUAGUUUCCUUGUUCAUGGUUCAGUCACGAGUGUGUUUUUACUGUAAGUAAAGCUUUUUCAGUGUUAGUGGGUUCGGUGCAACUCUGUAGAUGCUCUUAAUAUUGUCGUUUAUCUUUAAUGGUGUCGUCGUUUUGCGGAUGGAUUGUGUUCAAAAUUGCAAUUGAAAGAGAUGAGAGCGUGGGCACAUGGUGCUUGUGCUUGCUCUAUGACAAGAGUAUGGGAAGCCAGGUCAGGUUGUUUUGUUUGUAUUGGGUAAAUAAUACAUAUCCCCACAUGUGAUUUGAGGCACAAACCAGCAAGAUCUUGGAUUUAGGUGGUGGGUGGGAGGGAACAUUUCGGUUGAAAACAUCUGCCAUCUUCUGCUCUGGUUGAGUGAUGGGGUAAUAUAAUAGUUGUCGUUUGGGUUAGUCUUGGAUCUGGGUUUUGUCAGCAGCUUGUGUGUCAUCAUUAGGAAGCUUUUCUUCAAGCUUUGUAUGAUUGAGAGUCUAAUAAUUGGCCUGAGAGAUUUCUAAUAAGUGGAUCUAAACAAUAUACUUAGGAACUUUGAUGUUAAUUGCCUAUAUAUGCAGAAUUGCAUAGUAACAUCGAUGGUUCGACUAGAAAAACUGUUUAUCGAAGUUCAAGUUGGUAGGUAGUUUUAGCGUAUGAAAUUGUAAAAUCACGGUUUCAGCACAAAAUAUGUUACCAGUAACUGUUUAAGUACAAUCUUCGAUACAAAGAAUUGUAAGACUUGAAUUGAAUAUUUAGUGAGGACAAAAAUUGUUUCUCUGGGUGCCCUAUUCAACGGAGAUAACCUCGUAGGCAUGAGCUGGUUAUCCAUGAUAUACAAAAGAUGCAUUAAAAAGGUUAAUUAAGUUACAUCUGAAAUGAUCAAUUACUUCUUGCGAAUAUGGUUAAGAGAAGUCCGUGGAUCCCAUGGAUUUAUUCUUGUUAAAUCCAUCAAGUAAAGGACGGAUUGUGUAUAAAGUUAAUGAUGCUUGGUUUUUACGUAAUAAAUCCAUGACCAAUUCCAUGAAGCAAACGAGACCAUGAUAACUUUUUACACUUUUAACAUUACUUAUUUCACUAAUCACCAACUUAUCUUGUUUCAUUUACUAAUGAACAACUGGUAGUGCAUAUUAAUUUUGCAUUCAAUAUUUUUUUUUUUGGGUGUUCAAGCACUACAUGAUUAAUCCCAAAGCAUUGAUCACCUUAGGGAAUUGUCCAAUUGUGUGUAUAACAUGAAGUUCUUAUUUAUUAAUGAUGUUUAUUUGUUCCGAUUGUGGUAGUGGGACGAAGCUAUUGGAUGGAAAUUGCUUUAUAAAAAAAUUAUAAUGUAAAAAUAAAUAUGCUCAGCAAGGGCACUAAAGUAAAUUCCUAAUACAACCACAAAUAUAAUAAUGCCAAAUCCAUCAUGAAAUCCAACAAACAAACUAUAACUUGUACCAAAAACCAAAUGGGGCAUUUCCAUCAUAUAUCCAAACCCAGGUUUUAAUCAAAACUAGAAUCAAUA